ACACUCACCCAUUGUCUUAGGGCGACUGUGCUUCCUGAAUGUGGUCGUGAAGUGUCCAGCCAUUGUCAUAUUGAAUGAUAUCGAUGCCCCGUUUACUGAGAAGUCCAAAUACGAUUGAAUAUAAAUUGCUCGCCCUUCGGCUCAACAUCAAGCAGAUUGCGGACGAGACUCACUAUGAUGUCCUUUUGGCCUGCGACACUCCUCUUCGCCGUAUGUCUGGCGUCAGCUGCAGAUGCCACGUUAGAAGACGACGUUAGAAAUGGGUCUUCCCCGGCCGUGGCUAUCCUCAAGAGGCUCAAGAGAUCGACCUGCAGGGUGACAGAGAUGAAUUGGCACGUGGAAGGGCUUCGUGAAAUCACAAGUGAGGCCUACAGCUCUGGAAAAGCCAACAAGUACAGCGGUCAGUUUGUACUGAACGGGUACAACGCGAAACUAAACGUUAAAGUGGAACGAUAUGAAGGAGAACUAUGGCUGGGAUUAUAUUUCGGACUCUGCAAAGGUCCCACUGACGAGUUCCUCGCAUGGCCCUUCCGGACGCCCUACACUCUAACUCUUCUCCAUCCAACGAACAAGACGUUGGACAUCUCGAAUACCAUCUCGGAAUUUUUACCCGUCACAUACAAGAACUUUCAGAGACCAACGGACGGUUGCAACAACCUUUGGGGAUUUCCCGAGGUCACACAAGUCUCGGAAGCUGAAAAAGGAGGAUACGUAGUGAACAAUGCCAUCUCUGUUGGUGUUAAGCUCAACCUGUAAAUUAGGAUUAGGAUGAUGAUACCUACGUUUGUUUGCGCCACCAGCCAGUGGCGCCACUCGUUCUCUGUACGCAUACAACAUGUCCACGAAGCAAGUGAUGAUUGCGCAGGUGGUAAUCAAAUAGUUCGGAAGUAAAAAUCGUGACAUUUGCUUUCAUGUUUCACCUGAGAUUUUGAUGUGCCGUCUAAAGCUAUAUCCACUUUCUUUGCUCGAUUUGGCAACGUCUCCCUUAGAGUCGUCGAACGGUUUGCUUUUGGGACCUCCUUCUGGAAAAUAUAUCCUGUGUAAGGAAUUGUCUGUAAAUGGUUAAUAAAGGUGAAAUUUUAAAGAGUG